UCCGCUGAAGAAGAAAAAAAAACAAAAACACAGAGAGGCUAGCAGAGAGAGAUGUAACGAAACUAAACAACCAUAAAAAACUUAAUCACGGCUGAAAUGACCAUGUGAAGCUCACACUUUCAGGCAGUGGACUAGCUAACUAAUGUUGUUUAACUAACCAGCGGGUUGACAACAUGAAUUUAAGAGGAUUAUUCCAGGAUUUCAAUCCCAGUAAGUUCCUCAUCUACUCCUGUCUGCUGCUGUUCUCCGUGCUGCUGUCGCUGAGGCUGGAUGGCGUCAUUCAGUGGAGCUACUGGGCCGUGUUCACCCCGAUAUGGCUGUGGAAGCUGCUGGUCAUCAUCGGGGCGUCUGUGGGCACGGGAGUGUGGGCGCACAACCCGCAGUACAGGGCUGAAGGCGAGACGUGCGUGGAGUUCAAGGCCAUGCUGAUCGCGGUGGGGCUCCACGUCCUGCUGCUGAUGUUCGAGGUGUUGGUGUGCGACCGCGUGGCGAGGGGAAACUACUUCUGGCUGCUCGUCUUCAUGCCGCUCUUCUUCGUGUCGCCCGUCUCCGUGGCGGCCUGCGUGUGGGGGUUCAGACACGACCGCUCGCUCGAGCUCGAGGUUUUGUGUUCAGUCAACAUCCUUCAGUUCAUCUUCAUCGCUCUGAGGCUGGACAAGAUCAUCAACUGGCCUUGGCUGGUGGUGUGCGUCCCGCUCUGGAUCCUCAUGUCCUUCCUGUGCCUCGUCGUCCUGUACUACAUCAUCUGGUCCGUCCUCUUCCUCCGCUCCAUCGACAUCAUCGCGGAGCAACGGCGAACCCACAUCACCAUGGCGAUCAGCUGGAUGACCAUCGUCGUCCCCCUGCUCACCUUCGAGAUCCUUCUGGUGCACAAGCUGGACGGCCACAACAGCCUGAGCUACGUGUGCGUGUUCGUCCCGCUCUGGCUCUCUCUGCUCACGCUCAUGGCCACGACGUUCGGCCAGAAGGGAGGAAACCACUGGUGGUUUGGAAUCCGUAAAGACUUCUGCCACUUCCUGUUGGAGCUCCUCCCAUUCCUGCGUGAGUACGGCAACGUCUCCUACGACCUCCAGCGCAGCGAGGACCCCGAGGCGGCCGAGGACCUGCCCGUCCCCGAGCCUCCCCCGAAGAUCGCGCCCAUGUUCCACAAGAAGACGGGCGUGGUGAUCACGCAGAGUCCCGGGAAGUACUUCGUCCCGCCCCCGAAACUCUGCAUCGACAUGCCGGACUAAACGGGGGGGGGGCGGAGAGACUGCUGGACUGACUGAUGCAUUCAGGUGCUCUGAAGCCCAAAAUCAGCAGAGGACACUGGGUUUGGUUGUUUUUUUUUUCUCUGUCCCCGCCCUCCUCACCUGAAAAAAAAAAACUGUGCAUCAGCGCGGCUGCCUGAGGAGACCAAGCACCACGUCGUGGAUUUAUUAACGGAUCCAGAUUCCUCACGGCUGUUUUUGAGGAUUAUAUUCCUGGAAUGAAAACAGAGGACUGCUCUGUUUGUUUUUUUUCACUGUCUCCUCCUCCCACUUUUAACCAAUCUGAAGAAGAACUGUUUUUUUGUGGGAGUGUGGGGGAGGGGACGCACGGCAGGAAGCGUCUCGGAUCCGAACGUGCGGUUUGAGACCGCCUGAACUUCCUACACGUUUGACUCUGUAACGGGUUGAUCUUUGGAGGCGUGUGCGACUCUUUUCUAGGGACCAGCGGAGAGAUGCUUUUGGCUUGAACUCGGGAUCAUUAAUCCGUUAUUGCUUGUUGUGUUUUUUUUGACCACGCAGGAGGAGACAAAUAAGAAAUAAGGAGGAAAAGGUUCAGAUUGUCUUCUGGUCUGUUGAUACGACGCUCAAAACGGCCAAUCGCAGGAGGUUUUAUUGGAAGCUGUGGCACCAUCCUCACGUUCAGCGUCAUUGUUGAUUCAUCGAUUUUGUGGUUCAGUUGAUAAAAAAGUCCAAGAAUCACGUCUUCAACAACGACAUGAGCGACUCUAAGAGGAUUAUGUGAUUUCAGUUUGACGAGGGAGACGAACUUUGUGUUUUGAGAUACGCGCGCUUGAUUUCAGAACCCGUCGGCAAAGGAAGUAGAUCCUCGUAUCGGCGCGGUCGUCUAGGAGCACGAGUGGCGUCGAGCGGUAAGUGUAACUCACCGCUCUGAUGAACAUGUAGCUUCAUCCUACGUUCUUACUAACUGUCUGUUACACACACACACGCUAUUCCGCCACCGUAUGUUACCCAUCGCACCGCGAGGCGUAAAUAUUCCGCCUUCAAAUGGCAUCAGUACGCUUCACGUUAUCUGUCGUCGACUCUGGAGGUCGAGACGUUCCCACACACUAAAUCCUACACUGUAGCGGCUGACGAACGGCGGCGCGUGCCUCCAGGGACGAGGACGUCUCCGUGGUUACGCCGGCUCUGACGAUGAAUGUUCCGCCAGGCCGAGUAUUGUUUAAGAAACUGACCGGGAGGAGAAUUUGAACCUUUUUCCUUCAAAUGGAGAACAAUAGAAACUGCACUUUGUUUAAAUCUGUCCGACGUUUCUUUUUUUGUAUUCCUGUUUUUUUUUUUUUUUUCUGUGUAAAUAACAGAAGUGGCAAACGAAGGGACCAGAUGUUAAGAUUGGAAAAACAACAAGAAGAGUAUUUGUCUCCCACUUCUGUUUCAGUUUGAGCGCUCUUACUUAAAAACCAGA